AUGGCCUUCACUUUCGCUGCUUUCUGCUACAUGCUCUCGCUGGUGCUGUGCGCUGCCCUCAUCUUCUUCGCCAUCUGGCACAUAAUUGCCUUUGAUGAGUUAAGAACGGAUUUUAAGAGCCCCAUCGACCAGUGCAACCCUCUUCACGCAAGGGAACGGCUGAGGAACAUUGAGCGAAUAUGCUUCCUUCUGCGAAAGCUGGUGCUGCCAGAAUACUCCAUCCACAGCCUCUUCUGCAUCAUGUUCCUGUGUGCUCAGGAGUGGCUCACCCUGGGGCUCAAUGUCCCUCUGCUCUUCUAUCACUUCUGGAGGUAUUUCCACUGUCCAGCAGACAGCUCCGAGCUCGCCUAUGACCCACCGGUGGUCAUGAACGCAGACACCUUGAGUUACUGUCAGAAGGAGGCGUGGUGUAAGCUGGCCUUCUAUCUCCUCUCCUUCUUCUACUACCUUUACUGCAUGAUCUACACUUUAGUGAGCUCUUAACUCGAAGACCACGC